GAAUCCCAUUUCUCAUUUCUCUCUUUGGAUGGCAGACGCUGAACAAAACAAGCCGUUGGUUGGUAAGAAAGCUGUUGUAACUGGAGGGAACAAAGGGAUUGGAGAGUCCAUAUCCCUUGCUCUAGCUGGGAAAGGAGCAGAUAUAGCAAUCGUGGCACGAGACACGGAGUCUGCACAAAACGUCAUCAAGAAAGUGCGUUCAGAGAGACGUUUUUGCAAAAUAUAUCCGACAGAUCUGAGUGAUGCAGCUUCAGUACGAAAAUCUGCGAAAGAUAUCUUAGCGGAUAUGGGAAGAGUGGAUAUUCUGGUGAAUAAUGCGGGUAUGUCUCAGUUGGAGUCGCUGUUGGAGUUUUCAGAGGAUAAUUGGGAUCGCACUAUGAAUGUAAAUUUGAAGGCACCUUUUAUACUUUCACAAGAGUUUGCAAAAGGAAUGAUUGAACGGAAAUCAGGGAAGAUAAUUCACAUAAGUUCGGUUGCUGCUAUCCACGCUGUCGAUGAACACGCUGCGUAUUGUGUUUCCAAGGCAGGGCUUUGUAUGUUAACCAAAAUGAUGGCUUUGGAAUGGGGUCCUUACAAUAUUCAAACCAAUGCAAUAGCUCCAACUGUAGUAUGGACAGAAAUGGGACAACGUGUUUGGGGUGCUCCAGAGAAACACGAGCCCAUGUUGGAACGUAUUCCAGCACAUCGAUUUGUAAAACCGGAAGAAGUAGCGGAGUUGACAGUAUUUUUAGCUGGUCCAGGUUCUGAUAUGAUUUGUGGACAGACUAUUGCCGUCGAUGGUGGAUUAACUACGCAUUGAUCAAAGAAUAAAGAUUUCAUCAUAUUG